AGUCGCCCAGCCGAGUGCGGACCGUGCGCCGCCUUUGUCCGCCGCUGGCAGCUGGUCUCGCGGUCGCCGCCCGCGAUGGCCCCGCAGCAAGGCCGGCCGGCGCUGCCCUCCCGCUGCGAGCCGCCGGCGGCGCCGCCCGUACCGCCUCGCCGGGAGCGCGGGGGGCGCGGGGCGCGCGGGCCCGGGGUGUCCGGGGGUCGGGGGCGCGCGGGCGGCGCCGAGGGACGCGGCGUCAAGUGCGUGCUGGUCGGCGACGGCGCGGUGGGCAAGACCAGCCUGGUGGUCAGCUAUACCACCAACGGCUACCCCACAGAGUACAUCCCCACGGCCUUCGACAACUUCUCGGCCGUGGUGUCCGUAGAUGGGCGGCCUGUGAGACUCCAACUCUGUGACACUGCAGGACAGGAUGAGUUUGACAAGCUGAGGCCCCUCUGCUACACCAACACGGACAUCUUCCUGCUGUGUUUCAGCGUGGUAAGUCCCACAUCCUUCCAGAACGUGGGCGAGAAGUGGGUUCCGGAGAUCCGACGUCACUGCCCUAAGGCCCCCAUCAUCCUGGUCGGGACACAGUCGGACCUCAGGGAAGAUGUCAAAGUGCUCAUCGAACUGGACAAGUGCAAAGAGAAGCCGGUGCCGGAAGAGGCGGCGAAGCUGUGCGCCGAGGAAGUCAAAGCCGUCUCCUACAUUGAAUGCUCAGCCUUGACUCAGAAAAACCUCAAGGAGGUUUUCGACGCUGCCAUUGUUGCUGGUAUCCAGCACUCAGACUCCCAGCAACAGCCAAAGAAGUCUAAAAGCAGGACCCCGGAUAAGGUGCGGGACCUGUCCAAGUCUUGGUGGAGGAAAUAUUGCUGCCUGGCCUGACUCUUCUCAAACGGCUAGUGUUUAAGCUGCAACAGCUCUUUACAAUGUGGCUGUGGUCAUAGGAUGAGCCCUCCAAGCAUCCUCUUCCGCCCUCAACUUCCUGUGUGUGUGAGCCCAGGUUGAGAUUCAUAUGCAAAAUAUGUUUAAAAAAUUUUUUUGAAAGUUAAGAUUUUUUUUUCCUCGUAAGUCUGAGAACUUAGAGCUCUGGAUUAACUUAUAUUUCAUAUGAAAAGGGCUCUUCAAAGCUGGGGUGUCAGCAUGAAGUCCUGUUUCGUUGUUCAGGACAAAGGAGAACGGGGCCUUCUCCUGAUUAAGGGCUACUGAGUGCUCAGUGCGGGAUGCGUGUGCAUCAGACUUGGCGAGAGUGGGUGCGAACUUUGAAACCACACAAACCAUCCCCAGUUUCAUAAGAGCAAACAUUUGAAAACAGAGAGGGGCUUCUGCUUACAAAACCUCGUGCCCAUCCCUUCUGUUUGUUUACUCAGAUUCACUUAGGAUUUUAAAACAACCAAAACAUCCCACAGCCUACUGGCAUUGUGUUGACAGAACAGUACACUUGCUUGUUCCUUUUUUUUUUUUUAAAAUCACGUGACCAGUUUUGUUGCUGUGAAAAUGGUGGAAAUGCCUCUUGGGGGGCAAGGGCUGGGUGCACAUCUGACAUUUUCUUCAGGGAGCGACUCGUGCUGAGAUCAGAGAAUGCUCUUAGCUUUCAGGACUUCAGGUCAUCUUAACAUGUGGGAUGUACACACUUUGAACCCCAGUGCCUUCAGGGUCCUGUGACUAGGGAGGCACUGUAUUAGGGGGGCAGGUAUAUGCAAGGCCUCACCCAGCAGCUUCUCACUGGGGGUCACGCUUGUGGCACUUGUCCUGUAAGGCGAGGGUCUUCUGACUGUUCUGAGACAGCCCUGUGUGAGGAAUGCACUUUCACAGGGUUGGAGGUACUUCCAAGACGCCAUAGGAACCACACGUGGGUCACAGCUAUCAGUUCACUGCGGGCAAGAAACCUCUUUAUGGCCACCUGGUAACAAAAAUUUUUCUGUCUGUGAAUUUUUUCUUACUAUUUAAAAAAAAAAAAUCAACCGUAUGUUUUUCUAUAGGAAAAAAAAGUAAAAGAGCAGGCCGUACUUCAGGUCAAAGACUUCCUCCUGCUGGUAAAUAGGACUGAAGACUUUCUUACAUAAUUAAAAGGCUAAUGGCAGAACCACUAGAGUACAUGAACUGUUAGCCAGUGAUAUUAGCCAUGUUCUCCUGAUGUGUUUCCUUCUGGCCCGAGUGGCAACAUUGUUUCACUCAUGAAAAUGCUUGUAACUGACCUGGUGACUGAGCUUAUCCUAUUGUGCGUGGCUGUCUGGAGAGCCAGCCUACACGUGGGGCUUUUGCCUGCCCUGUGUACAGAGGGUGGGUGGGGAAGAGUGAGUUAUUUAAUUUUAAAUGUUAUAAUAAAAAAGCCAAUGUAGUCGAGACCAAGGAGAUGAGCAUCUGAGGACACAAACUUGAAGUCAUGGGCCAGGACUGUUGGACCUCCUGCCUCUGGGAAGUGUCGUAAAAAGGACGCUGUGUGAUCGAGUUCUGGACACUAUUCUGGGAUGCAUACCCCUGGACUGUUUAUGCCACAAAUGUAGUGGGUUGACACUGACUGGCAAGUUUUCGAUGUUCCUCCAUCCUGUGGAGUCAUAAGUAAGGUCUGACUGUACUUGAGGUUUUCCUGCAUUUUUACGUUUUGAAAAUAGAAGUUUGGGCUGAGAAAUUUAAAAGCAUGUGCCUGGGUGGGAUUAAAGUUGGUUCUCUUCAAAGCUGAAAAGCGGCUGGAGGCUCAGCCUGGUGUCUGGGAGGAUUCUGUGAGCUGUGUGGAGAGGUGCCUCUUCAGCCUUGCCUCGGUGUAGGCCGACUCACCUCACCCGAAAAGCCACACUGUAGCAGGCUCCAAAAUCGUCACCUCAAGCCUGGGUGAGAGCAAACUUUCGAUGACUUUGUUUUCUGCUCGACAGACGUGCAAGCAGCUACCCAGAAGUCUCAAGCCAAAAGGGGGGGCUUCGCUCCUCUGCAGGUGCCUUACCAACGUGUGCUCUUCUCUUUCCCGUGUCAAAGAUGUCGGACAGGAUCUUGUACUUGAAAAAUGCUAUAAAUGAGAUGCUAUGAAAUAAAUUCUGACCUGUGGACAGA